AUGUUCACACAGCGCAAGGCCCUCCUCACCCUCAUCGGCGUGGUGACAUUAUUCCUCGUCCUCCGCUCGUUCCGAGAACCCGAGAUCCCCGGCGCGCCAGGGUAUAGACCCGUGAAGGGGAUAUCACAAGAAGAAGCAGAUCGACGUGCAAACCCGUCGCGGAAGCUUCCGCCCCAGGGUCGGGCUCAACGGCCUCUCGGCGCAUCGCCGAGUGCGCCGCUGAUCGAGCGUCUUCGUUAUCAAUUCCCCUAUGACCUUGAACCGAAGUUCCCUGCGUAUAUCUGGCAGACGUGGAAAUAUGCCCCGAGUUCGUACUGGUUCGAGGAGGACUUGCGGGGUCUCGAGGCUUCCUGGACGGAGUUGCACCCCAAGUUUACCCAUGAGGUUAUCUCGGACGAAAAUCAGCGCCAUCUCAUUCAGUACCUGUAUGGUUCUGUCCCGGAUGUUUUCGAGGCAUAUGACUCCUUGCCGCUGGGUGUUAUGAAGGCCGAUUUCUUUCGUUACUUGGUUCUUCUGGCGCGCGGGGGCAUUUACAGUGACAUCGAUACCACGGCAUUGAAACCUGCGCAUUCAUGGCUUCCCGAGGAACUCGACCGAUCGACUAUCGGCUUCAUUGUCGGUAUUGAGGCUGAUCCUGAUCGCGAUGACUGGCAUGACUGGUACUCGCGCCGGCUUCAGUUCUGUCAAUGGACUAUUGUGUCGAAGCCUGGACAUCCUAUUCUUCGCGAUAUGGUGGCAACAGUUACUGAGCAAGCGCUGCGCAUGAAGAGGGCUGGGAUCCUCAAAGUUGGACAUAUGGAUAAGACUAUUAUGGAGUUUACCGGGCCUGGUGCCUGGACCGAUGCUGUUUUCCGGUACUUCAAUAACCCUUCUUAUUUCAAUAUCCAGCCUGGGGAUAAGAAUAUCACAUACGAGGACUUCAGUCACCAGACUACUCACCGCAAGGUCGGUGAUGUGGUUGUCUUGCCUAUCACUAGCUUUAGUCCUGGUGUGGGACAGAUGGGUGCUGGUGAUACGGAUGAUGCCAUGGCUUUUGUGAAGCAUAACUUCGAAGGUACAUGGAAGACAGAUCCAGCUCUAUAA